CAUUACUGACCAAUCACUUAAUAUCAUAAAACCUCUUCCAAUGGAUAAUUAUAUCGACGAAUCUAUAUAGACGAGCACAAAGCGAAACAAUGAAUUCUAUGGUCAUCAGAGAUAGUCUCUGCAUGAGCAUGACAAGAAGAGCUCUUUCAUUGUGCUGUUUAUAGAUUUGAUUGUAUGGUUUUAUCUGCAUUUCUACUGUUUUUUAGAUUUGAUAGUGUGUUUUUAUUUGUAUGAACAUUUUAGAUCACACAUUUUGUGAUCUAUCAUUUGAACAAGAAGAGAUCUUUCUUUAUUCUGUUAUUUACAUCAACAUCUUGAAUCACAUUGAGAACAAGAAGAGAUCUUGUGAUGGCUAAAGUUGCAGUAGCGCUAAUGGCGAUGGUAAUUUUUUCUGCUCUGCCACUCGCCUACUCUAACGAAUUCAUUAGUUCGGCAUGCAAGACUUCGUCUGAGCCUGAGCUUUGUGCUUCAAGUCUCCUGGGCAUACCAGGAUUGCCCAAUUUGAAUCCCACACAGCUGCUCAACGUAGCCGUUCAAGCAGCAAUUGGUACAGUAAAAAGUACAUCCUCCAUGGCUGUAAGUCUUUCAGGAAAAGCGUCUCCUGGACUAGAGCAGAUUGCUCUUCAAGACUGUAUCGACCUCUUGGACGAUACCGCCGACCAUCUCAGUGAGGUUCUCCAGCAUAUCUUAAAUCUGGAUUUCACUUCCAAUGCUUUUCAGGCCAGCAGCGUCAAUACGUUUCUCAGCGGUAGUCUGACCAAUCAGGACACCUGCAUUGAAGGCAUAACCGGCACAAAUGGGGUCGUUAAAUCUCAGUUGCAGAGCAGUGUACAGCAAAUUUCCCAGGCCAUUAGUGCUGCACUUGCCUUGUUUAUGGGAAUUGUAAAUUUAGCUGAUUUCAAAUCUACUCUUCAUAACCGCCGUUUGUUGUUUGACCGGCAUGGCGGUGGUUAUGAUUUUCCCCACUGGCUCUCCGCCGUAGAUCGCAGGCUUCUACAGGAUACUGCAGAUGAUAUACAGGCAGAUGCUGUGGUGGCUCAGGAUGGUUCCGGUGAUUACACAACGAUCACCGACGCCAUUAACAAUGCUCCUGAAAAGAGCAAUCAGAGAUACGUCAUCUAUGUCACUGCAGGCGUGUAUUAUGAGAACGUUGAGGUCGGCAAAAGGAAGAUGAAUCUCAUGCUGGUUGGCGAUGGGAUGGAUUCCACCAUUGUUACAGGGAAUAAAAGCGUGGUAGACGGCACGACCACUUACCAUUCUGCAACCUUCGCUGUGAAAGGGGCAGGAUUUAUAGCAAGAGACAUUGGCUUCCAGAACACAGCGGGAGCAUACAAACACCAAGCCGUGGCCCUUCGAGUUGGAUCCGAUCUCUCAGUCUUCUACCGCUGCAGCUUUGACGGUUACCAAGACACUCUGUACGCUCAUUCUCUUCGCCAAUUUUACAGAGAAUGUGAAAUUUACGGCACAGUAGAUUUCAUCUUUGGUAAUGCAGCGGCAGUUCUACAGAGCUGCACAAUAAUGGCGAGGAAACCACUGGAACAGCAAACCAUUACCAUCACAGCGCAAGGAAGAAAGGACCCAAACGAGAACACUGGAUUUUCUAUCCAUGACUGCAAUGUGACCAGUGCCCCUGACUAUGUUCCUGUGCCAACUUAUCUGGGUAGGCCAUGGAAACAGUACUCUAGAACUGUAUUCAUGCAAAAUUAUCUGGACGGCAUUAUUGAGCCACAGGGUUGGGCGCAAUGGAAUUCAUCAGACUUCGCAUUAAACACUCUCUACUAUGGGGAAUACAUGAACUAUGGACCAGGCGCAGGUCUUGCCCAGCGCGUAAAUUGGUCUGGUUACAAUGUUCUCAACACUUCAAUGGCGAAUGAAUUUACGGUUGCUGAAUUCAUCGAAGGCAACAAGUGGCUUCCAUCAACUGGGGUUACUUAUUUGUCCGGUCUUAAGCUGUGAUUUUUCUAAUAAUUGAGGUAGGGUAGCAUGAUUUUUUCUCUCUUUACAGUUGUAAUGAACAGUCUGGUUAAUCAAAGAGCCUUAUGUCUAAAUAUAUCUGCAACAAGGGGACAAACACCGCAUGGGAAUCAUUAUUUGUAAAGAUUUGUGUGGGGUACGACAUAGAUGUAUGGUAUUUGUGUAUAGUAAAACAUUUUAUGGCCAUUUGUGUAUGAAUUCUAUCUGAUGAAUGGAUUCUCAGUUCAAACUA